CGUGCGCGCUCACCCACGGCUUGCGCCUGCGCAGAAGGACGGGGAAACCGUGCCUCUUGCGGUCCUGGCGCUUGCGCGCAGCGGGCUCCGGGGCCUCCCGGCCUGAGGGAGAGGAACAGGGAAGAUGGCGGCUGUGGUGGAGAAUGUAGUCAAGCUCCUUGGAGAGCAGUACUACAAAGAUGCCAUGGAGCAGUGCCACAAUUACAACGCCCGCCUCUGUGCUGAGCGCAGCGUGCGCCUACCAUUCUUGGACUCACAGACUGGAGUAGCCCAGAGCAACUGUUACAUCUGGAUGGAAAAGCGACACCGGGGUCCAGGAUUGGCCUCUGGACAGCUGUACUCCUACCCUGCCCGGCGCUGGCGGAAAAAGCGGCGAGCCCACCCACCUGAGGAUCCCCGGCUUUCCUUCCCAUCUAUUAAACCAGACACAGACCAGACCUUGAAGAAGGAGGGACUCAUCUCUCAGGAUGGCAGCAGUUUAGAGGCACUAUUGCGCACUGACCCUCUGGAGAAGCGAGGCGCUCCAGAUCCCCGAGUUGAUGAUGACAGCCUGGGCGAGUUCCCUGUGACCAACAGUCGAGCACGGAAGCGGAUCCUAGAACCAGAUGACUUCCUGGAUGACCUUGAUGAUGAGGACUAUGAAGAAGAUACUCCCAAGCGUCGGGGCAAGGGGAAGUCCAAGGGUAAGGGUGUGGGCAGUGCCCGGAAGAAGCUAGAUGCUUCCAUCCUGGAGGACCGGGACAAGCCCUAUGCCUGUGAUAAUAGUUUCAAACAAAAGCAUACCUCGAAAGCGCCCCAGAGAGUUUGUGGAAAACGUUACAAGAAUCGACCUGGCCUCAGUUACCACUAUGCCCACUCUCACCUGGCUGAGGAGGAGGGUGAAGACAAGGAAGACUCCCAACCACCCACCCCUGUUUCCCAGCGAUCUGAGGAGCAGAAAUCCAAGAAAGGUCCUGAUGGAUUGGCCUUGCCCAACAACUACUGUGACUUCUGCCUAGGGGACUCAAAGAUCAAUAAGAAGACAGGACAACCUGAGGAGCUGGUGUCCUGUUCUGACUGUGGCCGCUCAGGGCAUCCAUCUUGCCUCCAGUUCACUCCUGUGAUGAUGGCUGCUGUGAAGACCUACCGCUGGCAGUGCAUCGAGUGCAAGUGCUGCAACCUCUGCGGCACCUCCGAGAAUGACGACCAGCUGCUCUUCUGUGAUGACUGUGACCGUGGCUACCACAUGUACUGUCUCACCCCAUCUAUGUCUGAGCCUCCUGAAGGAAGUUGGAGCUGCCAUCUGUGUCUGGACCUAUUGAAGGAGAAAGCUUCCAUCUACCAGAACCAGAAUUCCUCCUGAUGUGCCACCCCCAGCUCCCCCACAUAUCUAAGGCUGUUUCUCUCCUCCACCUUGUUUUUUCAUACCUUUCCUUUCCUCCUCUCUUUCACAAGUCCAGAACCUUGGGGUGGUCAUGCCAACCUGUCUUUGGCAACAACAAGCAGAGGUGGCAGCUUGACCACCUCUGGCCCCAGGCCCUCAGGGAGAAAGGAGCAGCACGCUGCCCCAAGGUGUACCCGUGGGCCCAGCUUCUCUCUGCUCUCCAUGAAGUGCAUUCACUCUGCUUGCCUUGGGCCCAAGCCUUGGUGAUCACAGGGUUCAAACCGUAUCCUCUGAGAAAGAGUGGGAGAGCAGCUCACUUCUCUUGGCCCAGCUUCUGCUCUGGUCUCCAGAGUUUCCUCCCCAGAGAUGAGCCAGGCCGGGCCUGCUUGAUGGGAGCAGCUGAGAGUCAGCAAGCUGAAGCUACGCACCAGGAAUCUUCCAUGCCCUUUGUGCUGCUUAGCUUUGCCUCCUCUCUCCAGGGUGGCCCUGCUACAAGGGGUCUUUUGCCUGAGCCAGGAUGCUCUUGGUCACCUUCCUGGCUUUGCUCUAUCCUGCCUCACCCCAUCCAGGGGAGUAGCAGCUUCACCUGUCCUUCCUGUGCUUGCCUGGCUCACUUACCAGUGGUCUCUGGAGACCCAAGCAUUCCCCACCCUCAGAACCUCCUGUCUUCUGCCUCCCUCUUUGUUCCCUUUGCUUUUGUGGGGAGAAGGGACACAUCAGGGGGCCAGACCAGCAGUUUGGGGGCCACAAGGAGACGUUGGAUAAUGUGCCUGUUUUUUAACUCGACAAAAAAGCCUACCUCCAAAAUCCCCUUUUUGUUCUUCCUGGACCUGGGCAUUCAGCUUCCUGCCCUUUACUGAAUUGGGAGCUUCUGCCUCCUGCCUGUGUAUCCUGACUCCUAGGUCACAGGAAUGCAUAGAUGUCCCCUUCUUCCCUUGCACGCUCGCUAGCAGCUGGUAAGGUCUUCAUGCCCUGAUUCCUUGGUUUUCUGCUUAGUGGCGCUGACGCUGACAUUAAGUAGAAGGGGGAUGGUCCAUGCCAGGACACCCUGGAAUGACCUUCCUUUGCUUGUGGGCAGGCCCUAACUCACUGUCGCUUUGGAGUUGUGUCUCUUCUCCCCUCCCCCUUUCUUUAGUUCCUGUAUUCUAAACAUUAGUAAAAAUAAACAUUUUUACACAGA